UCACCGAUACCGAGACAUCGCUGUGCUCCGGGCAUCACCUUUCCAUCUGGGCAUCCCCAGCAUUGACACCGGGACAGCCCCGAGCACCGGCACCGGGGAGCAGCACCGGGACAUCGGUUAGCCACACCGCAGCAGCCGGGCUGUGACAGCACAGCACCCACCGAGAACAGGGACCGAAGCUCCCCGGGCACCGACCGCCGGGCUGAGAUGCUCCCCGGCGCGGGUCCCCUCGCUUUCCUCCUCCGGUGUCUGCUGCUGCUCUUCGCCUCCGAGAGCCGAGCACGGGCUCGGCCAGAUAUGUUCUGCGACUUCAAUGGCAAGAAGUACAGCCCAGGUGAGAGCUGGCACCCCUACCUGGAGCCGCAGGGGUUGAUGUACUGCAUCCGCUGCAGCUGCUCUGAGAAUGGCAACACGAGGUGCUAUCGGAUCCAGUGCCCUGCUCUGCAAUGUGCCAGCCCCGUCACGGACCCCCAGCAGUGCUGCCCACGGUGUCUCGAGCCAAAUUCCCCUUCUGGUCUCCGAGCACCUGUCAGAUCCUGCCAGUACAAUGGGACAACGUACCAGCAAGGAGAGAUGUUCACCACCAGUGAGCUCUUCCCCAGCCGCCAGCCCAACCAGUGUGUGCAGUGUAGCUGCUCUGAAGGCCAGAUUUACUGUGGCUUGGUGACCUGCCCAGAGCUGCUGUGCUCCAAUCCCCUAACCGUGCCAGAUUCCUGCUGCCAGGUCUGCAAAGAUGGCUCCUAUGAGAAGUCUUCGGAAGAGGAACCCCUGCAGUUAAACAGAGGUGUUAGGCACUCACAAGACCAGUGCUUGGGGGAAGCAAUGAACAGAAAGCCACCUGGAGCCACCGCAUCCACCGUGCUCAGUUCCUCGCUGGAGUUCAUCCCCAGGAGCUUCAAACCCAAGGGGGGAGGUGGCACCACCGUGAAGAUCGUUUUGAAAGAGAAGCACAAGAAAGCCUGUGUUUACAAUGGGAAGACCUACUCCCAUGGAGAAGUGUGGCACCCCGUCUUCCGGCUCUAUGGGCUCCUGCCCUGCAUCCUGUGCACCUGCAGGGAUGGUGUCCAGGACUGCCAGAAGAUCACAUGCCCCAAGGAGUAUCCGUGUGACUCUCCGGAAAAAGUAGAUGGGAAGUGCUGUAAAAUAUGUCCAGAAACCAGAGUCAAACCCACUGAUGAAAUCAUCACUGAGAGAUGUGGCAAGACCCCCAACCACGUCCUGGUGUACAUGUUUGUGCCACCGAGCUCCGAGAACUCCAAGGAGAUCCUGAGGACAGUCGCUAUAGAGAAGGAGCUCACGGAAGAGGUGGAAAUCUAUAACUGGAAGCUGAUUAAAGGGAUAUUUCACUUGAUCCAAACCAAGAAGAUCAGCAAGCAGGAAUUCAAGCAAGAAGCACAGAACUUCAGGCUGAUCACCAGGACGAAUGAAGGUCACUGGAACAUCUUCCAAGCCCAGACAUCAGAGCUGAGGAUGACAGAGAGCCCAGAGAAAGAAACAAAGAACUUGUAAAGAAGAAAAAAAAAGAAAAAAAGAAAUAA